GCGCCUGGCAGUCGCAUACAACACCGCAUUAUUACAAGACUCGACGUUCCACAGAAGUUGCGAGAAUCGUCCUGUCCACUCUUUCAAUUCUUCACUUUGUCUCAAGUCUUCACGCUUCAUUUCCUAUACGGCUUUCACAACAAUCACAAUCAUGGGUUUGGACAAAGAUCUCAAGACAGACCCUCCGUGUCAUCCUCGCGCAUGUGCUAUUCAAGACUGCAUACAGAAGAACGGCUACGACGAGAGCAAAUGCCAGAAGCAGAUUGACGCUUUGUACGAAUGCUGCAAUGCCUUUUACGAAAAGAAUGGCGAUAGCGCGUCGACCGUAAGUUGCCCAAAGGCAGGUCUCUUGAGAUUGAAGAUGAGACAGCGCGCGCAAGGUAUCAAGUAGAUACGCUGCUGCACUCAGAAGUUCAACUCACGAAAAGUAUCAUGUAUAUAAAAGAUAGAGAUUUCACACCCAUGUCCAUGCUGCAUUCCCAUCUCUUCCCGAGAGAAGAUAGAUACAAUUAGACAGAAGGCGUAUUUGAUUCUGUGGCUGUCGGAGCACGCUGAAUGAGGCCUCAUGGACCUGUACAAACAUUGAAAAGUCGUACCGAGACUCUAAAGACAACCAUCUAGACAUUGUUGAGAGGAGGAAGAAGGAUCGCAAGGAGGAAGAAAGUUUUAUUCGCG